AACAACCAGCAGAAGCCAGCAACCACUGGCUUCGGCGGGUUCGGUGCUAGUACCACCCCAGCUGCCCCCGGAGCCACAAGCAGUCCCUUCUCCUUCGGUGGUGCCGCCGCAACGAACAACACUGCUACCACUAGUCCGUUCGGAGCGAAGCCUGCGGGUACGGGAACGGGGUUGUUUGGUAACACUACCUCCACUACUACUCCUGCCACUGGUGGUGGCUUGUUUGGCAAUAUGAGUACUAAUACUGCUGCUCCUGCUACGGGUGGUGGUCUAUUUGGAAAUACCGCUACUAAUAUUACGGCGCCUGUUACUGGUGGGUUAUUUGGGAAUACGGCGACGGCUGCGCCUGCGACUGGGGGGCUCUUUGGAAACACGAACACCAACAAUACCUCUGGCGGGUUGUUUGGUCAGAAGCCGGCUGCGCCUGGAUUGGGUAUGAGCACUGGUGGAGGACUCUUUGGUGGUGGAAACACCCUGGGACAGACCCAGCAGCCUCAGCAACCUGCCGCGAACCCGUUCGCUAUUUUCGGUAGCUCUCAGCCGCAGGGACAACAGCUUACUGCUUCUGUUGACUCUAACCCCUAUGGUGUGAACCCGUUGUUUAUGACUUCGCAGCCCCCGGUCCCCCCUGUCGUCAACAACACCCACUUGAGCUACAACAACCGUGGCUACACCGGUUACAACGCCUACAGCCUCAACGGUUCUGUUUACAGCGAUGGACCCCUUCCACCCAUCGCUUCCCCCAUCAUCAACAUUAAGCAGCAGAAGAAGAGGGCGGAUUUGCCUGAUUAUCUUCUUCACCCUACUCGGUACAUGUACGCUUCUCCUCGUCGCGACCCGGUUAACCCACUUCUUCGUCCCAAUGGACAGUAUACGUCAGAUAAACAGGAGUUGUUCAACAAUGUGGGGAAGGUUCUUCUCAGCCCUACUGCGUUUGCUCCUAGGGCUACGUUGAAGAGGUUGACGAUCGAGAGGAAGGUUACCGCUGCUGAUCUCCUUACUGGUGGUCUUGGUGCGAAGGCGGGCGAUGAGGAGAAGGCUGAGGACGCUGCUGAGACAACUGAGAAGGCUGCUGAGGAGACUCCGAAGAAGGAUCAGGCUCAGGCGAACGUUGCUAGUCGGCCUUUCCGUUCCAGCACGAGCUCCAGGCUGACAAGCUUUGAGGGCAAGACUGCUGAGCCGGAGGUUCAGACUCCGAAGAAGCCUGAGACUACUGAGGACGUCGCUAAGUACAAGAGUCCUGCGACUAACGCUGAGUCCAAGGAGGUCGACGAUGAGGGUGUUUACUGGACUUCGCCUCCUUUGUCUGUCUUGUUUGACUUGCCUCGCGAGAAGCUCGAGAAGGUCAAGAACUUUAAGGUCGGUCGUCGCGGUUAUGGUCAGGUUAGCUUCAACGAGCCUGUGGAUCUUACUACUGUUGCUCGCCUUGAAGACAUCCCUGGAGGCAUCGUCAUCUUUGACCACAAGAUCUGUACCGUCUACCCUGACGAGGAGGACAAGCCUGAGGAGGGCAAGGGCAUGAACGUCCCUGCUACUUUAACUUUAGAGAAGUGCUGGCCUUUGUCCAGGGAGACUAGGUCUCCUUUGAAGGACCCCGAACACCCGCGAGUUCAGCAGCACGUCAACCGUCUCAAGAGGAUGGCUGAGACUGAGUUUGUAGAGUAUGUUGCCGAUAACGGUUACUGGGUGUUCAAGGUCAAGCACUUCUCCACGUACGGUAUCGUGAACGAUGAGUUUGAGAAGAUGGAUGAAACUCCUCGUGGUCCGUCCGGUCUUGGUGCCGAUAUGUCCAUGGAUGUCGAUGAUGACAUGGACCCUGAGGACACCUUCGCUUUCCGCAAGUCCACUGGACUCAGUCGUGCACCGGGCGCUUUCCCGGGAUCGUGGAGUGAGCAGCCUGAAGCCGAAGAGGAGCCCAUCGAGGAGGACUCCGCUGAGGCUGCUGAUAUCCUGCCAUCCGAUGAGGAGAUGGAGGAGGAAGUUGUCGACGAGACCAUCAACCCUGUAGAGGACGUUCCGGAAGCUGUCGCUGACGAGGGUUCCUCGUCCGAGGACGAGCCUAUGCCAGCAGCGGAGGGGGCACCCACCAACACUCUUCGUGCCCCCAAGGGACGCAACUGGGCUGAGCAGCUCGGCUUCUCCGUCGAGCGCUCCAACCUCUUGAGGCGUGAAUUCUCCACCAAGAAAGACGUGAAGCCCCCGCGCUUUGAGCAAAACAAGACCUACGGAUGGCAAGAAUUGGAAAAUGAUCUCUAUGGAGCAGCCGAGACUCGUCCAUUGUCUAAGGCUUUGCUGAAGAUUUUCGACAAAGAUGGAAAGAAGAGGGGGUCGACGGCACUUCGGUGGGGUCCGGGUGGUGUGCUGCUCCGCAGUAAACUCAAGAAGGACUCGUCGCAGGUCGAUAUGGUCAAGGUUCCUGUUGUUGUUGUUGACGACGUGAAGGUUGAGCGUGAACGUGCGAUUGCUACGUUACUCACCCAACUCAACUCUUCCGAGAUCACCGUCGAACGCGGCGUCCCCGCUGCUUUCCCUUCCUUUAACUUGGGAUGCAAGACUUUCGACGAAGCUUUCUCAUCAAACUCCUCAAUCCCUUCUCAGGAGUUGCAGAUGUGGAAGCUGGCCACGAUCUUGUUUGACGACAUUAUGGUCGAUUUGUCUGGUUUGGAGGACUUUUCUCAGGUGCAGGUGCUUAAGGACCUUCGGAAGGCUGCCUUGUCUGAGUGGUUGAAGAACGUCGUGGCUGAGAGCGUGGCCAAAAAUGUCGAGGCCGCCAAUAGCCCUGCCGAGGCUAUCUUCGCUCACUUGACCGGUAACUGUGUUGAGCAAGCCACUGCUACAGCUAUUGCCAACAAUGAUCCACGUCUUGCGACUUUGAUCACUCUCAUCGGAGGCGACUCCCACUUUCGCAGAUCUAUCAAGAACCAAUUGGAUGAUUGGCGGGAGAAGCGCGUACUCCGUGAAAUCGGUCCCCAGUACCGCAAGAUCUACGAAUUGCUCGCGGGGAACACAGGCGUCUCAGCCGAGUUGCGAGGCGAGAAAGAGGAUUAUGCACCAGAACUUUGCGUGAGUGAGGGUCUUGACUGGAAGAGGGCUUUUGCGCUGCAUUUGUGGUAUGGGACUUUUGAGGAUUGGCCAAUUGAGGAUGCUGUCGGGUCUUUUGAGGAGUCGUUUAAGACUAUUUCGUCGGUUGCGAAGCCGUUGCCUAAGCAUGGUGGGAAGGAGUACGACAUCAUGUUUCAGCUUCUUAAGGUCUACCAGGACGCGGAGUACAAACUCGAGGACGUACUGCAAUCGCGAGCCUUCAGUGAAUCUUUCCUCGAUUCACGCCUCCCGUGGCAUCUUUACAUGCUGUUGUCACGUGUAAAGCGCAUACGUGACUUCAGUGACCGUCUUGAGGUUCCUGCUGAUGUUCUCGCCAAACAGCCACACGCAGAGGGAACCUCCGCUGCCGCUGAUCAGUUGGCUCUUGCCUACUCAUCGCAGUUGGAGGCAAUUGGUAUGUGGCAAUGGGCGAUCUUCGUGAUGUUGCAUCUCGAGACUCCUGCGGCGCGGGAAAGUGCAAUCAGAGACAUCCUCGCGCGCCAUUUCGGGGAGUUGUCCACAGAGGACGAAGCCGGCGUCAGCCUAUUCCUCACAGAAAAGCUCAAAAUCCCACCCGUCUGGAUUUUGGAAGCGAAAGCCCUCCACGCCCGCUACGAACAGGACUUCCAAUCCGAGGCUACGCACCUCCUCGCCGCAAAACGCUGGACCGAGGCACACAAGACAAUCAUGAACCACAUCGCCCCUGCAGCCGUUAUCGCGAACGAACUCGACCGUCUCCGUGAGUUACUUGCGAAAUUUGAGAAUGUUGAUGGUGUUAAGGGAUGGGAGUUUGGAGGUCAGGUUUAUUUGGAUUAUAUCAAUCUGGUACAACCUGUCCCCAUCGCAUUCCGUCCGGCGGCGCAGGGGCUACCGACGGCGAAUUCGCACGCGGAUAUUUCUCGUCGAUUACUCUUUUCCCUACCCCAGUUGAAGGCGAGGGUGUUUGAGCAGAGGGUUGCGAAGUGUGAGAUGAGUGCGUGUUUGGCGAGGAGUGUGCAGGCGGAGAAGGCGAUGGGAGGUGAGGAGAAGGUGGGGGUGUUGAGGUUGGCGUUGGUUGAGGAUGAGGUGUUUGGGCAGGUGGUCAAGUUGGCGGCGGGGUUUUAUGGGGAGACGUUGGAUUCGCAGCCUGUGCCCGUAGAAGAGGGUCAGUAG